AUGGUGGCCUUCAACUGCGCCGCCGCUCACCGCCUCGACGCCGCAGUCUGCGACCCUGUGCGGGCGCUGGAAUGGGCCCCCGAGGCCGCGGUGGAGUUCCCAGCGGCCCAGCAGCAGCCCUCAGCGAAGCCCCAGCCCGAGCAGCAGGCAGGGGCCGCCAAGGCGGGCAUCCUGGACAAGCGGCGGCGGCACGUGGGCCCCAACCUGGCCCUGUUCUUUGAGGAGGACCCGCUGCACAUCGUGCGGGGCCAGGGCUGCGAGCUGUUCGAUGCCGAGGGCAACAGCUACCUGGACUGCAUCAACAAUGUGUCCCACGUCGGCCACGCGCACCCCAAGGUGGCGGCCGCGGUGGCGCAGCAGCUGGGCACGCUCAACACCAACAGCCGCUACCUGCACGAGGGGCUGGCCACCUACAGCGAGGCGAUUGCCGGCACCAUGCCCGACCCGCUGCAGGCAAGCCAGCUGGCGCCUUGCUCACCAGCCUCCAACGGUCCGCUGCACGUGGCGGUGGUGGACCACGCCUACCACGGCCACACCUCCGCCUGCAUCGACCUGUCGCCGUACAAGUUCAAGGGGCCGGGGGGAGGCGGCCGCCCCGUGCACGUGCAUGUACUGCCCUGCCCCGACGUGUACCGCGGGUGCAACCUGGAUGGCGGCGCGGCAGCGCGGGCCGCCAUCGCCGAGGCGGAGCGCGGCGGCGCCCGCAUCGCGGCCUUCUUCUCGGAGUCCAUCCUGAGCUGCGGAGGCCAGGUGGUACUGCCUGAGGGGUACCUGGCGGGCGUGUACCGCGAGAUGCGGGCGCACGGCGCGGUGUGCGUGGCGGACGAGGUGCAGUGCGGGUUUGGGCGCGUGGGGCGCGCCUUCUGGGCCUUCCAGCUGCAGGAGGUGGUGCCGGACAUCGUGACCUUUGGCAAGCCAUGCGGCAAUGGCUUCCCGAUGGCCGGCCUGGUGACCAGCCCACCCCCGGGAAAAGCCUUCUCCCAACGGAUGGAGUUCUUUUGCAACCUUUGGGAGGGCGCACCGCUCCCUGCGGCGCGUGCAGGCGGCUGCACCGCGGCGCCCGCCUGCGGCCUGGCGGUGCUGGAAGUGAUCCGUGAGGAGGAGCUGCAGGCCAACGCGGCGCGUAUGGGCGCCCACUGCCUGCGCCUGCUGCGGGAGCUGCAGGAGCAGCACCCCGAUGUGAUUGGCGAGGUGCGGGGCGAGGGCCUGAUGAUUGGGGUGGAGGUUGUGACGGACCCGCACACCCAGACGCCAGCGCCCGCGCUGGCGCGCCACCUCAAGCACGCCUGCAAGGCACACCACCGCGUGCUGCUCAGCAGCGAGGGGCCCUUCUGCUCAGUCAUUAAGGUCAAGCCGCCCAUCUGCUUCAGCGAGGGGCAGGCGGAGCGCAUGGCGGGGGCGCUGCGCGACGCGCUGGAUGCGCUCACGCCUGACGACAAGGCCGCGCUGGCGGCGGCCAGCCGGGAGGAGGUUGAGCGCAUCGCAGAGCGCCACCGCCUGCUCAGCUAG